AUGUCAGACGUGGAAACAGUAGGCAAUCUUGUUUGGGACCCUCAUACGAGUAGAAGUGUUAGGCCUCCAUCUGCAGACUACGGACUACCCGAUCUGCUGCCUUCCUUCGCGACACUCACCUCUGACGAGGAACGGGAAAGGAAGGCUCAGUCGUCCAUUCCCGGCACUUAUACUGUUAUAGUAAUGCCGGAGAGCUUCUCUUAUCUUCCUGGACAUGCCGAUGAAAGAUCUGGGGAGCAAUCCAGGAGCUCAACAUCAAGCCCCUUAGUAGAUAGUGGGCAAAGUAGCCAACGGAAUGACAAUCCAGAGGUGAACGAUCCAAAUGUUGUCAUACUCAAGACAUUUCCUGAUGCUAGGAGAUACCUGUGUUCAGACUACAGAGGUUCCACUCGAACGCUGGAGUCUGACCCUCAAGACUCCUCACAUUCAUCUACAGUCUCAGUAUAUUCAGCUGAUUUGAGCGCUCUAGAUGAUUACAACGCACAGGAACAAACCACGCUGACGGAUUAUGAGGCUAUGCUACUCUCACAUUUUCGCAAUGUGAUAUGGCCCAAACUAGUCCCCCAAGGGAUCUGGCCCGACGGUUCACACGGUCCUAGACUGGGAGUCGAAGUUUUGGAACAAGAAGCCAGUAUCUGCCCACCACGACAAUCUUCUAUCGGACGGUUUAUUUCUUACGCAAUUUCUACUGCUCAUACACGAGGAAGCGACCUGCUCCCCUGGCCCGGGUCUUCUCUUUCUUCUAUCGACUCUUGUGGGACCGAUGUCAUCGGAUCGCAUGAGCCUGACAACCCAACAUUACUGUUGCAGCUGUACAGAGACAUGUUCGGGCUAGCUGUCCAAUUAGGGUUAGCUAUUGCGGGCAGGAAGAAGCUGGGCGCAUCUGAUCCAUACGCCCCAAUCAAUCUACAUGAAGACUUGAAGCAACUUUGGGACUCUUCGGAGGUUCGCUUCUGGGCCGAGAAGCAAACGAGGCUGCCAAAACAACUACAAAGCAUUCUCGAGCAGAUGAAUCUACUCUUCCAUACUUCACUUCUCUGUUACUACACCACCAGCCCGUGCCCUGGGCAGAGCAUCGGUUUGGGCGAAAUCCCCGAGCAGAGGGUGCAUCACCACACGACCAUGAUCUUACAACACGCAGAGGCGACGAUCAUGAACAUUCAAGGCAGUCUACCGCACUUCAUCAUCUUCCCUUUAUUCCUGGCGGGGAUUGCGGCGGAGACGAUCGACCUCAAAGUCAAGGCAUGGGAGCUGCUCUCAAACAUCGAGGAAAAUGAGAUCGGAUAUAAUGCGUCUACAACGUGCUAUAUGCUCCAAUUGGUGUAUGAGUGCCAGAUGCAGCGAUCCAGUGGUAAUAGUGGUAGACCAUUCCCAUGGAUUGACUGGGUUGAACUCUUGGCUGAACGUGGCUUUCGUUUAGUCAGUUACGGAUGA